AUGGAGGGCUACCUGAACACCGCGUACAUCGUCAACACCAACAGCACGGAGGAACAGCUUCUCAUUCUUAAGACGAUCUGCCAGAAACUCCGCUUAAAACAGGCUAACAAGUCGGACCUUGAACUCUGCCAGGGCCUGCUGGGUAACUCUGAUGCCAUCACGGACAUCCCGACGGCGUCCAAGUACGUGCUGGCGUGCCUGUACGUGGUCACAAUAACGGCGUCGUUGAUAGGCAACUCGCUGGUGGUGCUGUCGUUCGUCUGUCACCGCCACAUGCGCUCCACUAUGAACGUCUUCAUCCUGUCUCUCGCCGUCAGCGACUUCUUCGUCAGCGUCACGUGCAUGCCCGUCAACAUCGUGACGGCCUUCUCCAGGUACUGGGUGCUGGGAGAGUUCUGCUGUAAACUGGUGCCCUUCAUGAUCAACACUUCUUUUGUUCUGCAGGUACUGGGUGCUGGGAGAGUUCUGCUGUACUGGGUGCUGGGAGAGUUCUGCUGUAAACUGGUGCCCUUCAUGAUCAACACUUCUUUUGUUCUGCAGGUACUGGGUGCUGGGAGAGUUCUGCUGUACUGGGUGCUGGGAGAGUUCUGCUGUAAACUGAUGCCCUUCAUGAUCAACACUUCUUUUGUUCUGCAGGUACUGGGUGCUGGGAGAGUUCUGCUGUACUGGGUGCUGGGAGAGUUCUGCUGUAAACUGAUGCCCUUCAUGAUCAACACUUCUUUUGUUCUGCAGGUACUGGGUGCUGGGAGAGUUCUGCUGUACUGGGUGCUGGGAGAGUUCUGCUGUAAACUGAUGCCCUUCAUGAUGAACACUUCUUUUGUUCUGCAGGUACUGGGUGCUGGGAGAGUUCUGCUGUACUGGGUGCUUGGAGAGUUCUGCUGUAAACUGGUGCCCUUCAUGAUCAACAGUUCUUUUGUUCUGCAGGUACUGGGUGCUGGGAGAGUUCUGCUGUACUGGGUGCUGGGAGAGUUCUGCUGUAAACUGGUUCCCUUCAUGAUCAACCUGACGGUGGCGUCGAGCUCGCUCACCCUGUGCUGCAUCGCCAUCGACCGCUAUUUCGCCAUCGUGCACCCCCUCAAGCGGCGCUUCACCAAGAGUCCCGGGUUCGCGGCUGCGUUCCUGACGACAGUGUGGCUGCUAGCCGUGGCGUCGAGCACUCCGUACGCCUACCUGUACGAGCUGUCGACGGUGUGCGGUGACGAGACGACGGCGACGUGCGACGACGUCUCCCACAUCUGCAUCGCGUCAGACGACGGCCCGGCGGACUCCCUCAAGACGUGGAUGACGUUCGUGGUGCUGCUCGUCAUCCCCUUUAUCCUAGUGGGCGCCGCGUACGGCAGGAUCGUCCUGCAGCUGUGGGGGAGGACUCCAGUGGGGGCCGUGGGGGCUCGGGGCGCCGCCGCCGAUCAGCAGACGAGGUACAAGAGGAAGGCGAUCAAGAUGCUCGUGCUCGUCGUUCUGCUGUACACGUUCUGCUGGUCGCCUCUCCUCGUGUUCGACAUCGUCUCCAAGGAAACCAACCUGCAGGCGUCGGCCGUCAACUUCAACAUCCGCUACUACCUACAGUGGCUGGCCCUGAGCGGGGCAUGCUACAACCCCAUCAUAUACGCGUUCAUGAACGAAGCGUUCAGAAAGAACUUCGCCAAGCUGUUGCUCUGUCAGAGAGCGAGGGUUCGCGUGAUGCCAGGGGAGACGAGGCGUCACGGGGUGAAUAUUGUCGUCGAAAACGUCAGCGAACCACCUGCCUGUGAAAACCACACAGAACGCCAGACAGCAACCGAAACAGUUACACACAUCUAAUAAUCCACAAUGAGUGAUAUAAACUUCUAAUAUGCUACAGUGAGGGAUAUAAACAUCUAAUAUUCCAAUGUGAGUGAUAUAAACAUCUA